UCACACUCCCUUUGUAUUGGGACAACAUGAGCACGGGGGAAAACCUGAAAGUGGUGCCACUGCAGCCAAGUUCAACAGAGUACCGCACUGUACAUGAUUCCUUUAAACGAACUGCCAACAAUACUGUGAUAAAGAUUGAGCGCCUGCAGAACGUUCACCUGCGUCGCACCUAUCGAGUGCAAAAACAGUACGUUUCUGAAAAGAAUAAAGGACAACGGACCAUAGAGAGGAGGUUGUUCCACGGCACGAGUCCAGGAACCUGUGACUCCAUCAUGAAUCACGGUUUCAACAGGAGCUUCUCUGGAAAAAAUGGUACUUCCUACGGUCAGGGAACCUACUUCGCUGUGAAUGCCAGUUACUCAGUUUCCUUUGCAAGUCCAGGAGCUAAUGGUUCUCAGACCAUGUUUCUGGCCCGGGUGCUGACGGGUUGCUACACUCAGGGAAACGGCAGCAUGAGAUGCCCUCCGUCUCGAAGCAGCCGCGACCUUUACGACUCAGUUGUUGACAGAACAGACACCCCCAGCAUGUUUGUUGUAUUCAACGAUAACCAGGCCUAUCCCGACUAUCUCAUUACUUUUAGUAGUUCGUCACAGACAAGAUUGAUUUUUUUUUUUUUUUUUUCGGCGAACCGGAAAUCACGGGCUUUCGCCAGACAGCGACGCUCCGCUGCCCCGGACCGCAGACAGAGAGCAGGACGAGCUGCAGCCUUCCAAAGAACGGCAACAACCUCACCACAUUCACCAGAAGGAGCUGGAUGUCGUGAUGAGAAUGUGGAACACCCAGGGGAUCCAGCAGGCACUAAAGGACACGAUGUGUUCCAUGGAAAACCUUUCCUCUGUAUCAUGAACCAGAACUUCACCAAGCACAGGACAACCUCCAGCCAGUGGACAGAGGGAACAUUGUCUUGGAGGACAUCUGUCUUUGGAAACCUGACUUUGUCUGUGAUCCAGAUCUUCACCAGCUCUGCCUUGUGGUCAUGAACAAAGUGAAUCUUGAGGCAGGUCAUAAGGCUGCUGGUAACCAGACUGUACAGACAGCUGAGGUUUUAAUGAGAGCACGGCUGUCAGAGUCAGAUUA